UUCUUCUUAAAUCAUAGUAUUUUCUAAUGUGACAGAAUAGUGACUGGCUCCUUCUCUGCUGUUGCUGUUAAAUGGUAUUUUCUUUCCUAGGAUUUGGACGUGGCAGAGGGAGAGGAGCAAGGAGGUUUUCAGCCCAAGGCAUGGGGACAUUUAACCCUGCAGACUAUGUGGAGUCUUCUGCUGAUGACUUUGGAACAAAAUCAGAGAUUUGGGAGAUUGGUCGGAAUGAUGCAGAUGAUGGCACAGACAAGUCCAGACAAAUCUUUGGAAUGCCAGAAAAGUUCCUGAAGGAAAUCUUCCUUCAAGCAUCAAGCAAUUCUCCCCCUCAAGCAUCUAGAGGGUCAUUAAGGAGGAGGCUACAACUUGGACAGUGUUUUAAAACAGAUUGGAGUAUUAGGAAGGUAAGGAGGACAGAAAAGCUAUGAGGUUGGAAGCAGGUUGUACAAAG